AUGGCGGCGGCGGGCGGCGAUGGCGGUGCGGGGGCGGCGGAGGACGCGGGUGCCGGUGGAGGCGAGGCGGCCCUGGGUCGCGCCCAGGUGUUCGCCACCGUGGUGGACACGUUCCUGGAGAAGCUGGUGGCUGCCGGGAGCUACCAGAGGUUUGUCAACUGCUACCGCUGUUUCUACAAGCUGCAGCCCCAGCUGACCAAGAGCAUUUAUGAUCAGUUCAUCUCCCAGCUACAGACUUCCAUAAAGGAGGAGAUCCAGGAGGUGAAAAAUGAAGGGAAUCUGGAGAGACUCUUUAGUUCACUGGAUAAGAUCGUGGAGGAGGCAAAGGACCGGGAAGAGCCAGCGUGGCGGCCCAGCGGGAUCCCAGAGCAGGAUUUCCGCAGCACCGUGGUUCCCUACCUGCUGAAGCACCGCUCCCACCUGCGCAGAGUCCUCAGGGAGAAGGAGGAAGAGAACAGGAAGGUGGCUGAGUCCGUGCUGAUGGGGAGGGACAGGAUUGCAGAGCUGCAGCAGCUGAUCCAGGCUCGCCAACAGGCCUGGCAGGCCAUCAGUAAGGAGCAACAAGAACUCAUCAUGACAUUCCAGGAGCCCCAGUGAGGCUGCAGGAUGUCCCACAGGCUCUGCUGAGACAGUUCAUCAUCCCAAAGCACUGGGACAAGGUGUGCACAGAACUCAGACUGAGAACCACCCUGUCAGGCCACUGGAGACUGCAGAGGGACUGAAACAGCUUCUGGACUGGCACAGUUUGAUCAGAUUUGGUGCAGAAACAAAAAAGACUUUGGGAUCUUUGGAAAUGGAUGGCAAUUCCGUAUUUCCUACUCAGCUAGACACAGAGGAGUGUCACAAAGUGUGUCUGUGCUCUCAUCUGCUCCACUCAGUGCUGUGACAAGCCUGAUUCCAGUUACCACGUGUGGCUGUUUCAGCUGUGUGUUAGACAAAGUUCAGUGCCUUAAGCCCCAAGCCAGGCUGUGCCCCGGCCUGAGGAGCCCAUGAGCAGGAGCACACACAUCUGAGGGUGGGUCACAGCCAACACUCCUCACUGUACUUGCAGGUUUAUUCAGUCUCCAUGUGUUCAAACCACUGCCCAUUGCAGAUGUGGCAGCAGCUGCUGCACCACCUUCCUUGUUACCAUUCAUUCUGUUCUCCAAGUUAUUUUCUAGCCCUGGUGCCCUCCCAGCAGCCUGAGGUAUCUGGAGCUCUGGGCAGAGGUUGAAAUGGCCCUGCCUCCACUUUGUGGGCUUGUGGCACAGGGGUUUAAUGUUGUUCUGUGGAACCUUCUAGAACCGGACUGGUUUUCCCCACCCAGAGUUGUCUGUUACUGCCUCAUCGGAAGUUUGUGGGCAGCAUCUCCCUGGCACAGUGAUGUGUGCCUCCAGCAUGAACAGGUUGUUCCUUGGGGCUGGGCACGGAAUGAGGGGAGUCCCCCCACACCUGAUGAGGACUGAGAGAGGUUCUGAGUCCAGCUGCCACUGAGGGCAGCAGGUUCCAUGGUCUGCACCCCAAGGAGAGGCCAUGUCCUGGGAAAACUGGGGAGCAGCAGUGGCUGCUCGCACCACGCCCCAACCUCUGUUUGCAAUUAGAGCCCUCGGCAGAGUGGCUGCAGCAGUUUCCCCUCUGCCUCCCCUUGCUGUGCUGGAAUCUCAAUAAAUUGGAGCUGUUGUUCCGA